CGGGGACCAGUUAGUAGUAGCCGUAGCAGUCAGAAGCAUCAGCCGCAGAAGCAGCCUCUAGCAAAUCUCAGUCUUAUCAAACUCCUCGACGGAUUACACACUCGGUAUAGAAAACACCUCGGAAAUCCACCGCUGGUCAACCCGCACAGAGUCUUGUAGUGCAUCUCAGUCACGUUUUGGUAGCUGUCGAGUGUGUACUUAUCCGUGUCACGGACGAAGAAGAACCGUGUCCUCGUUCCGUCAAAUCCGUGUUCGUUGUGAUAACAGUUCAAAACCCGGUCUCCACACGAUCCGCCGUGUCCACAUUGCUGUAGUGUACGAACGCAGUAGUGGCCGUCAACGCUCGUCAAUCAAUCACUGCGCUUAGAAGUUGGAAAAAGUUUGCCUAGCAUAUUAGCAGUGGACAGAGCCAAACCGCGCGACUAGUCCUGGGUUUUCCGACACACCAGCUUAGUCCUGUAGUUUGUUAGUUGCAUCACGAACCGUCGUUUGACACUUUAGAAACUUUAGAAACCACACACUCACACCCGAUACACACUGACCCUGACACUAAACCGCAUCGCUGAACAUCGCCAAAGUCCGCGUCGUGCCGCUUGUUGUUAUUGCCGUCGUCGUCCAGAUAUCGAAGAAUUCGGCAUCGUCGCGUGGAUCGGUGGAAAUUCCCAGAUAACGUCGUAGCAUUCUAAAUAGUCCACUUGAAACACCGGCGGCGGUAGCGUGCAAAUCACUCCACGGCACGGUGUUUGUGUGUCUGUGUGUUUGCGCCCUCCUCCAGUUGGUUUGGGUAUUUUUGGAAGCAUCGAAAACCGACCGACCGACCGACCGUCCGGACCGGCAAGUGCUGUUGGGUUGGAAAAGCCAGACGCCCCGACCUGCAUCCCGAGCGGAGAAGAGAUAAAUUUCAUCCACGAUCCGAGUGCGGUGCCGCACGGCUAAUUGAAUCAGCGGAAGUUCAUUCAAAAUUGAAUGCUAUCACUCGGAAAGCAGUUAUCUAUAAAUAAAUAUUCAAACCAAUAUAAAUAAACCAUUAGUAGUUAAUUGAUAGUUUCUCGUUUUCCCCGGGAUACCCAGUAGUCACAGUAAGAGCUAACGCCAACCGUUUAGAAGUUAUUCACUCUGUCUGUGCCGCGUUGAUAAGUAGAGUUCGUGUGUAGAUUUCGUGUGCAGUGUAGAAAUAAGAAGCAAAAAAAAGGUUGAGGAAAUCAAUUCGAAAAAAUUCCGUAAUAUAAGUAAGAGUAAAUAAACACCAUUGCCGGUACAAGUGAUUCGCUGUUCGUCUUUUGCGUUUUCUACUCUAGCCAAGUUCAAGCCAUUUUGCUGGGUCAAGUGAAUCCUCAAAGUGCGGUGGUAGAUAAAUAUUAAUAAAGAUAAAAAAAAAUUGCAGAACUUCAACAAUAAUCUAUAAUUCCCUCCGAAGCAGCUGCUGUUGUCGUCGUCAUCGUCGUCGAAAGCCGUCAAGCACGUGGUCAGUAGCGUUGAAUUCUCCAGCCGUCUGUGAUUCAGCUUAAGUAGCAGAAAUAAGAGAAGCGAAGCCGAGAAGAAAAGUUGAUAGGAGAAAAGUUUGGCAAAUCAGCCAAAAUUCAAGUGUGCUGUGAUUUUCCAAUAUAUUGUACCAGUUGAAGAAGGUGAAAAAAUCGAGGAAAUCGAGUUGUUUAUUGCCACUUGCAACACAGAUCUGCAGUUCAUCGUCAUUCGUUUCUAGUUGAUGUCUUCGUGUUGAUCGAGUAGUGCGAAAGUCAGAUUCUGUGAUAUCACACAGUGAUAGGAAGAAGCCUCUCCCAGAGUGUCCAAUCGCAAGUUUUUUUUUUUUCUUGUACGUGUCCUCGUUGGAAGCAAAUUUUGUGGUGCGUCGUGUUGUAGUGGUUCGAGUUCGAGCAUAUUCAGAAGCAUUUACGCCCCGUUAGAACAAGCAAUCAAGCUGUGGAAGAUGGAGCACCAGAAUCAGGACCUCGGAGCGCAUCAGUCCAGCAAUCAGGCGGAGGUGCCGAACGACCCAGGAAAAAUGUUCAUCGGAGGACUAAGUUGGCAGACAAGUCCAGAAAGUCUUAGGGAUUAUUUUAGCAAAUUCGGAGAAAUCACAGAAGUCAUGGUGAUGAAAGACCCCACGACGCGGAGGUCUAGCUCGUCUGCGAUGGGAUUGGCUGAUUCCUCUGCUCCCCUCUACUCGAGACCAAGAGGGUUCGGCUUCAUCACAUUCGGCGAUCCUGCCAGCGUAGACAAAGUAUUAGCACAUGGUACACACGAAUUAGAUGGUAAAAAGAUCGAUCCCAAAGUAGCAUUUCCUAGGAGAGCACAUCCAAAGAUGGUGACGAGAACGAAGAAGAUAUUUGUGGGUGGUUUAUCAGCGCCAACCACGCUGGAGGACGUGAAAAGUUACUUCGAACAGUUUGGACCGAUCGAGGAUGCUAUGCUGAUGUUUGACAAACAGACCAACCGACACAGAGGUUUUGGAUUCGUCACAUUUCAGAGCGAAGACGUGGUGGAUAAAGUUUGCGAAAUUCACUUCCACGAGAUCAAUAACAAAAUGGUCGAAUGCAAAAAAGCCCAACCCAAAGAAGUGAUGCUUCCAGCGAACCUGGCGAAAACGCGCACCGCCGGACGUGGGACAUACGAUUUUAUGUGGUCGCUGGGGACUUUACCUGAUGGUUUUCCCGCCGCCGCAUACGCUGCCUACGCAGCUGGCCGUGGCUUCUCCGGCUAUCCGAGCUUUGGACUACCAUACCCCACAGUGGACAUCACAAAUGGACAGUUGACACCAAACAAUAACACCCCACUGCUAACACAAGCCCUGUCAGUGAUGAACAACUACCAGGCGGCAGCGGCCGCAGCAGCACAAGGCUACGGAACACCGGCAUCCCCGCACACGACAACCGCGCGAACCGCCGGCUUCACCAACACCAACUCGCCCGGCCCGACGAUCGACAUGUACAGCUCGAGCGCGGCGGACAGCGUAGGGUACGUUCAGGCCACGAGCCCGCAGCCCUCCGGAUUCCCCGCGAUCGCCGUGAGCCGCGCCCCUCUGAAUUACAACCCGGGACAAUUAAUUCCAGCAGCAUUCACCAACGGCUAUCAUUGAAAUAAACUAAGCAAUAUAUGAUCACCAUCUUCGCUAUUAUUUUGGAACGGGGUGUGAUUUCCAUUUGUCCCAGGCAUGACAGCAAGCACGCAGAGCUACCAACUUUAGAAGAAAAAAAAAACCAACAACUACUACUUGAGGACGGUUAGCAAAAAGUACAACCGCACCAGUCAGCAAACCAAACAAAUAACCCGUGACCAUGUAAAACAUUAGACAGCAGCUAAAAUUGGGCUAACUAAGCGCGGCAUCCACAGUAACGUUACAACUACUAUUACUACUACACACACACAUACACACAAGCAUACGCACGCGACUUGAAUUAAAAACACAAAACAAUCAUUUUGCAACCGUUUAAAAGCAACACAGCCUCCUACUGGCGGCCAGUGGCUAACACUCUCUCACACACACACACGUAAACACACACGCAUGCAUGUGUCAAAAUGAUUAUUGCGCUGAUGUCGCGUUGAUUGCGUUUUUUUCACACAUUUUUACUUUUUCGGGGUGACGACAAUUAGUCAGCCAAUUUUGGGACAGCGUGUUGCUUGUUAUUAUGUGUAAUAAUUGCACCAACGAUAAAAAGUUAUUCGUUGAAAACAAUUUUCCCACCAUGUUUGCAGUGCGAAAGUUAAAAAUAAUAUUUUGAAAUUGGCCGAAGCUGGUCAGCGUGUAGCGGAACGAAAUAAAAAACCAAACAAAAAAAAACGAUACGUGAAUGACAUUGUGCAUGAGCAUACACUGUACGGGAGAAUGGUUUUCUGCUGUCCAUGACAGCAGGCUGGCUGGGCGGCAAAAAAUGCGUUCGUCGUACGUUUGUUUUUUUGAAGGGGAAAAAAGACACAAAAAGAUCACGAUCACUCAAAAAGCAAAAGAAACGAAUUACAUGAUCCCGUGUAGAGCAGACUAACAACCACAUUCAUCAAAUGAUAAUAAAUUGCUACCAAAAGGAAUAGCAGAAAAUAUUCAACCAAAUAUACUAACACACACACAGAUAUUUUUAAGCAAAAAACAACAAAAAGAAAAAACAACAACAGAAAAACACAAAAAGUGCAUCAUUGUUUAAGCUAUUAAGGAUAACCAAAUGAGGAAAUUUGUUUCGUAAAAUAUUUGUUAUGCUCUUUAUAUUUACUUAAUUUUUACUUUUAAAUAAAAUUAUUACCUACACUGUAAGACGUAAGACGGAUGAAACACGAUUUCUAAGUUAUAAAUGGCGGCUGACUGACUGUGCUCAGGCAUGUUCACACGCGUCAGCUGAUCGUGAUAAGUGGAGCUAAAGUCCACUUGCAGAAAACCCAAAAAAUACACAAUAAGUAAACAAAACUUAUUACGUUUCUGUUUUUUCUAUUGCUGGAAGCAAGCAUUCUAUUGAAAUAUAAUAUUUUUACUUCUUGAAAGAAUUAAAAAACAAUUGUAAAGCGAUAAACGAGUACGAGAGAGGUGGUCAAAGCUAGAGGUCUUAGGUAUAUAUAUUUAUUAAUAUGGACAGACAGGAUGCGAUCGGAAGCUAUAACAUUUUUGCGCAUUAAGCGAUCGUUUUUAGCACCUAUUCCUACUUUACUUUUCAAUUGCAAGCAAAACUAACUGUACGAUACUCUAUUUGAAUUCAUCCUACUGCAGCUCAACCAAUCACAACAUCAACAACAAAUGAAGAAAAAAAACACACACAAAAUAUAUACAAAAAUAAUUGAAAGAAGGUUAGCCAAAAAACCGCGUAGACCCUUAUUUAGAACUACAGAGCUUCACAUUGGAUUGGAUUCUAUUUUCGAACUCUACACCAAAAAACAGUUAAUAUAGGUCCGGGCUAAGGGCGAAAGCGACACAGAAAACAGUAAACAACAAACACGAAACACGUAGCCAUAAACCGGCAAAUGGAAAAGAAAACUUUGUGUACGGAUAACAAAAAAAAAAAAUAUAAGCGAAAAGAGAGAAAGUAAAAAUGCAAUAAUAAUAAUUGUUUCUAAAAGUAAGACAGUAAGCAAAACCAAAAAAAAACUGUGAGGCAAUGUGGAAAAAUUCAAAUUUAUCACCAGACGGAAAUAAGAGGGAAGAAAACGAGCAGACAGCUAUGAUCCAGGUGCAAGGAGCAGUUUAAAACUUUGGAUAUUUUUUACGCUGAAAAGUGAAAAACUAUCCGACUGCGCGGGCGAUAAAUUCAAAUGAGAUUGUAAAUUAUUAUAAAUACAUGAAAUAUAUGAAUUAAAUAAAAACGUAAUUCAAAGAAAGAAAACAAAAAACUUAGUUAAAUAUAAAUUAUAUUGAAAUUUAAAUUAAAUAAAAUAAUACAAAUAUUUAAAACAAAUACUAUGAUAAUAAAAUUAUUAUAAAUUAAUUUUUAUCAUUCAAAGAACUCAUGAACAACAAACGUGGGAAAAAUGAACAAAAAAAAUAUGAGCGCAAAAAAAACAAGAAAAAGAACAAUUUAAAUGUGCAGUAACACGCAGAUUUAUGUGAAAAAAUUAUUUCAAUUGAAAACGAAUGUAAACCUAAGGCAAAUUAUAUGGAAGGUACAACACACAAGUGAACACAAACACACACGAUCACCCACUCACAUACAAACAGCAAAGAAGAAAGACAGGAAAGUUUCUCAUACAAAAGCAUAAAGAAAAACAUCAAUUUGAGACUUGACUUUUAGAAGAAGAAAAAAUAAAAGCUGCAGAGAAGCCCAAAAUUUUCGUAACAAGAAAAAACUGACAAUUUAGACGAAGCAAGUUUUCUCUCGCAUACACAAGUUAUACAAAAAAAAAGUAAACAAAAGAAAAAUCACCUUACUGAAACGACACGUAUUUGAGAGCAAGAAUAAAACAACAACCAAGCGACAAGCAUACCAGUUUAUUAUUGUGAAUUAUUAUUACUUAUAACGAGCAAACAAAUACGAUUGAUUGGGACUGCAAUCUACACUGACGCCAUCUUUGAUGGGAGGAAAUGCCAGGCAACAAAGUGCAGAUAAAAACAACAACAACAACAAAACAACUGGAAACAAAAAGAGGAGAAUAAUAACUAAUUAACACACAUCAAGCAAAACGAGUUUUCUUUCUUUCAUCCGUAUUGAUUUUGUUGCUUUCACCUAAAAACACACAACCUGUCGUCUUCCGUAGAAAAGAAAUUCUCCUUUUCGUGUGCGGCUUGAGUUGAGAGCGUUUUCACAAAAAGAGAGAGAGAGAUGUCCACUUUGCUACACCAGCGUCAUUUUGUUUCUCGUUUUAUCGCGAUCGACACGAAAGCUGUCAAUAGAAUAACGCGUGUCUCGAUAGAAGUGUUGUCAAAACCGAAGAGCGCCGGCGGUAAGUCAAUUUGUUUUUUUCUCUUUGAUUAUUAUAAUACUCGUUCAACUAUAGUUUCGUUGUUCUUUGUUUUGUUCAUUCGCUCUGAUCACGAAAGGUUGCUGUGUGCGUGUGGUGCUUCGUGGUCGGGCGAUUGUUUCCGUGGAGUUUCGGUGUUGGUUUAAAUUUUUUGGUUGUUUGCUGUAUUGUUGUAUUUGUAUUCGCCGUUUGAUUAUCGUAAUUUGUGUUUCCCAUCACAGCGGUCGAUAUUUUGCGAUGCGCAGUUAACGAAAACGUCUCAGCUCAGCUAUCUACCCGAAAAAAAACAGUUCCAACAGUUUCCAUCAGGCUAGAUUGUUUGAGUUUUUUUCCUAGAUGUGUACAGUUGAAAGCGUUGCACAAUGCGUUAGUCAACCCUUUGCUUCGAUCACAUUUUUGUUAACAUCGCACAGAUCGGCUAAUUAAAAAUUUAUGUUAAGUUACUACCAUAAAGUUGAAGUUUACACAUUUUUGUUGUUAUAUUGUUGGCAUGCACCUUUGAAAUAAGUCUUCUUCAUGUUUUGCUAAAUUUGUAUAAAACUUUCAAUGUGAAACAAAAACUAAACUACUUUUAGAUAUUAUUUUACACAAAAAAUUUUGUUUUACUUAAAAAAAAAUUGUUAAUUCUAUAUACACGAAAACAUAUAAAAAUUUUGAUCAUCAUAAAAAAAAUCAAAAUAAAUAGAAUGCAGAUUAUUUUCAAUACUAAAAUAUGAAUAUAUAAUUUUGAUCUUGCAAAAGAAUCUACAUAAAUUAUAUUAAACGUAUUUGAACAGGGUAUAAUUAAAAGUAAACAUUUAAAUUUUUGUAUAACACAAGCAAACGAUACAAACCAAGAUCGAUAAAAUCUUAUAUAUACACAUGCAACCAAAGUUAAUCAUACUAGACAGUAGCAAGAAAAUGUAUAAGGUAAUUUCAUUACUAUCCCACAUCUAACAAAUUCUUAAGCUGAUUUCCGAAAAGAUGAGCAAAAUUACCAAACAGGAAGCUUACCCUGAUUGUUUGAUACCGACAAUUUGCAAAAUAUUGUUCGACAGCAAACGCGGUUCACACUGAGACAACCGAAAGAUAUAGGUACACAAUUAUAUUGAACAACGUAAGCAAAAAGAAAUAACAACAACAAUAUAUAAACACACACACUCACAAUUCUAGAAUGAAAUGGUAAAAGGUGCAGUUUUUUACGAUCUAUUUAAGAGCCAACACAACCGUAUUUUAAAGUAAAUUUAGUGUUUGAAUCUUCUCACAAAACUUUUGUAGGGAAGCUUCAAUAAGACUAAUAAAUUAAAAUGAUUAUAUGGACCAAAACAUGUGCUCAGCUAAUGGCGACUGCUAAAAGAUUUACACUUACAAAAGAGAAACUAAUAAUACGUGGAAAGUGUAAUUGUUUAUUAACAGUUACAGUACAGUGAAGCUGAGCGCAAAACUUUAUUACGAUGUAGAAGAAAAAAAAACUAAUUUUGACAGGUUAUUUUCCGGGACAAAUAAAACAGCAGUAGCAAACUUUUUGCUUCUGACUAGGUUAAACCGAACAAAAUACAAUUUACAUUGUUGAUACCACGUACUUGUCAGCAAGCCAAAACAUAAACCCAAUAGAAUUUCAGUCUUAAGCUCUAAAGUAAAUAACACAUACAUAACCUAGCAAAGUAGCAGUGUAAAUAAAAAUCAACCUUUUCGUUCAACAUAGCAACUGACAUAUGCUUAAGUCAAGAGAUUUCAAUUACUUCGCUUUCAGUAGCAACUCCCUUUUCUACUUAACUCGCGUUAAAUAUCAGUGAAAAAGUAUAUCUAUACAUCAAGUUAAGGACGAAAAAAUCAUGAACAGUACAGCGAUGUGCGUGCUGCCUACAUGUCAAUUAUUACCUAAUCGAGUAUGAAGUUUUUUGUUUCUCUCUACCAAACCAAAGCUGAUAACAGAAAAAAAAACACUCAAAAGCAAGGUUCUAGGUAUACUAACUAUGAUACAAAAUAUCUAGAAAUCAGAAAAGCUAACUAUUUUGGUAGCGUCACUGAUAUUGUAGAAUAGCUAGUGAAACUGACAACGAUGCUAGACGUCCGACGAUUAAUAGUUUGUAUUACAGAAUCUAAUACAGUAGCAACCCAUAGCUUGACUUUAUCGGUAAGCCCUCAAAACAGGAUUAUGAAUCGAUUGCUUCCCUCCAGCGUUCCGUAAAAAAAAUUGCAUUAAGCAAAUGGAAAAUUCUCACGCACCCCCGCUCGGCCAAGCCAGCUGGCAAUUUGUGACCAACCUGGUCAAACAGACAAAAGUGAAACCCACCAUGAAAUUAAAUCAUCCAAUCCAAUUAUACGAUCUGCGGCCGGAAGGAAACGAAGCGAUAUGUUUUAAAACAAAAAAAAAUCUGCAAUCACUGCAACCCCGGUGGGAUGUACAAAUCAAAAAGCGGCCGCGAAGGGAAGAAAGGGGAAAAAUCACAAGUAGGUAAUUGAAUUUAAAAUCCAGCGACGAACCUUCAGCUUUUAUCUGCAGCUAAAGUAUAGCAGAGGGUGGGGACAAAGGAGGCAUCCAAAAAAUAACAAGGACACAUGAAAUGAUAUUCAUCAGUCUCGUCGACACAAAACCGAGGAGACAAUGAUCGCUUGUAGGUACUACCACUACUGCGAGCAUUUGCUUUUGAUAGCACCAGAAGUUACCACGGCUGCCAUGAUCUCAAUUUUUCUCAUUCGCUCUGUCUCUUUGGCUCUUUCUUUUCGAAUGCAAGGUCGACUAAUGAAAUGUUUAUUUUUUAUGACGCUAUGAGGAUUAAAAUAAUCACUAUCAAUCAAUCAGGCUGUGAAAAGCGAAAAAUGCGAGGCUCGUAGCUGUGGUGUAAUCUAAAAGUUCUGAAGGAAAUAGUAACAAUAUUCAACCAACAUGGGGAGUGCAGUUCAAAAUUUGUUGCUGAUGGAAAAAAUCGCCUCUAGCCAUUUUGAAUACAUAUAAACCAAGUCUACAAGUAAAUAAGUAUCGAUGUUUGUGCACUCUCUUAGCCUUCCUUCUUAAGGCCGGGCUUCGUUUUGCUCAUCUCCAUCUUAAAAAGAAAACAGUUUUCUUCCCUCUUAAAAAUUGUGAGCUUACAUUCAAUGUGCAACACAUCAUCUGCUGUAGAGAGAGCGCAGAGUAAUAGUUUCUUUGACGAAAAAACGCUCCUAAUUUGACAUAGUAAAAACUCAGUGAAACUCUUGUAAAUUGCUCAUCCGCGCACGCAAGAAAAGUGAAAUAAAUUGCUAGGCGAUCAACUAAGCAUUGCGUUACCGUUCUCGUCGCACUGGGGUGCGGCAAAAACAGUAUAAAAUCGAACUUUCUGCAGAAUACGCACUCAUAGUGAGUUGUGAAUCUUUUUAUAAUAUUAAAUUCGAAAACGGUUAGGAUGUGGCUUCAAUAUGAACCUAAAUGUUUUGAUAUUUGGCCAUCUUCUCUUCUAAUGAAGAAGAAGCUAACGAAAACUACUCCCUCUUGAACUGAGAGAGCAAACAAAUGUUUACCCUUAACACGCGAUGAUUAAGAGUGAAAAGGAACUCUGCGACUGAAAAACUCUACGCCUAAAUGUGGAUAAUUACUCACUCUGUGUGAGAGAAAGUCUAGUUCUCCAAGGGGUUUGGCAGGUAGAGAAGGAAAUAUGAGCAAAAAUCAAGAAAAAGGAAGAAGCCUGCUUAAGGCCCAAAUGCACACACGGCGAGCGUAAUGACGCUUUUUCCAUACAAAUUGAAAGGCGGGAUCACGCCUUCCGUUGGGACACCUUCAGUAUCGCUUUCUAACAAAGAAGGCGAUCGCCUACCACCUUCUACGCACUUAACCGUCCUCCGUGUAGACGCAAUGUGCCUUCUACACAGCGUAUUUUUUAUGUGACGCCUUCUUCUCGCCUUUUAUUGCCGAAGACGCUGGCAACGGCGUGUUAAAUAUGCUAUUUUAACCCAAUGCUUUUUUCAUCCAAAAAUGCAUAUAGGUGUUGUGAUGAUAGUACUGUGUUUGAUAUUUUUCCGUCUGGAUCGAUUUGAGUGAUUUGAAUGACGACUUAUUGCUUUUGCAAGCACUUAAGACUGUGGCAGAUAUUGUAGAUUAUGAAAAUGUCCUCCCAAAAAAAAUCGACAGAAAAGAUUUUUUUUUUUUCAGAAAACUAAUUUAUUUUAGUUUUUAUUUCUCAAAGUUUGAACAAGCGUUGAUAUUAAACAAUGUGUAGUUUUUGUAGCGAAAAUCAGAUAUUUGAUAAAAAGAAGUUUUUUUGAGAUAUUCAACUCAUAAAUAUAUUUGAAAUUUUUGUUUCCACGAGAAAAAAAAUUAUUUGUCAAGAACAUUUUUUUUUUCUACGCAUUAUGUUUCUGGAACGACCAAAAUAUUAUUUACAACUUUGCUGAAGACAUCCCAUAAAUCGAACAAACCAAACCAAAAAAUAGUUUUUUUUUUGGAAAUUUUAACACCAUGACUAGACAUUCAUCCAUGUUCUGUUAACCUUUUGUGGUUUGCCUGUUCUGGUUCUUAAAAUAUAUUAGCCCUCCUCUAAAAUAAUUCGAGUUUCGAAAAACCAUCUCUAGGGUUGUGUGCAAAGCCACGACCGCACAGUUGACGUAGAACUACACAAAGCUAUUUGUUAUAAUAUUUUCACGCUACGAUUACGGUGGACUAUUCUAAAUCAAUGCUAACAAUUUUUAUCCAGCACUAAUAAAAUGAUUUCUGAAAAUAAUGAUUUACGGCCCGGAUAUUCAUAAUAUCAUCCCGAAUCCGAAAAUACUCCUGAAAGGUGACGUUUGUUCAUUUAUGGCUAUUUUCCAGAUCGGAAGUUGCCACUUUGGAUUUUAGCAUCUGGCAUCUGGAGUCGAUUUCCGGCUUCUGGGCAUCCUCCCGGUUCCAAAAAUAUCCAUAUUUGACCAUUUUCGACAAUUUUCCAGAAACCGGCAGUCAACAUCUUCGAUUUGCCAUUUUGAAUCUUUUCAGUGGCUCCGUAUUUAAUUUGUUCUUAAAAGGACAAUUUGUUGUUUAAUUUGUUAACAGAUAUGAUGCUGAUCGCAUCUUUGUGUGGUCCUCGAGAGUGGGAAUAAAAUAUUCUUCUGAUAACACAGUGGAAAGCUAUUUUCACACUGAAAAUUUGACGGCCGACAGGCUUUGAUUGUCAGCAUCCCACAAACGUUUGUGUGUUGCCAAAAUAUGGCAGAACUUUUCACUGGAUGAGUGAGUGAGUGCCGCUGCACCUACCGCUGACACUGAUUACAGUAAACUGAUUGGUUUGAGCAGAAGAAGGUUUUUAUGUAGCCUAAAUGGUACAUCCCCGGUUUACAAGGCGUAUAAUUAUGUGGGCCUUGCUAGGGAAAGCAAGCAUUAAGCGACCAACCAGAGGUCGAAAUCUGUGUUUCAACAAGGCGUGAAGCCUUAUUAUUAUUAUUGAAUAUGUUAAAUUAAAUAUGGGUCAUUGCAUACGGAGUGACCACGAAAAAGCACAAACUUGGACACGACCAUCACAGAUUUUGCUCAAAGUUGGGAGAAUUAUUCAUCUACUGUCACUUUGGAAAAAUCCCAAAUUUGGUGUCCAUUGGAAUACCCCCCCCCCCUCCGUGGGACCCCCCUGUUCAUUGCAAAGUGACGCAUUUUUUGUUCAAAAUCUCCUUUUCUAAAUCUCACAAUUCAUAGACUUAAGAUGUCCGAAAUAUACUGAUAGUUUUAAAGAAAAUAAACUAAGGAAUCCAGAAAAAAUAUAAGUUUUGACCGGAAGUGUUGCCAGGUAAAUUAUAUUUGUAUUUGAAAACUAAAUUUACAUUUUCAGCCAUUUUUAUCUUAAAUUUGAUAACUUCAUCGUAUUACUUGGACAAUUUCACAUAGAAACAACUAUCAUCCCGAGGUAACAUGAGCCAAUCUCGAGAUAUAACAUUUUUACGAAAAAAGUUGUAAACUUCGUAAUUAUUUUUUUUUUACAAUUUAUUGACGUAAGACACCCGAAAAAUAGUGAUAGGAGAAUUUUGAAGAAAAUAAACCAAGGAAUCCAGAAAAAAAUUACUUUUGAUCGGAAGUGUUGCUAGAUAGAUUACUUUUGUAGUUAAAAACUAAAUUUGCAUUUUCCGGCAAAUGCAGCUAAUUUUAUUUUAAAUUUGAUGGUUUCAUCGUAUUUCUCGGAAAAUUUUACGUAAUUUUACGUAAUAUGAGACAAAUAGUUUUGAAUUUCAUAAUUAUUUUUCGUAAAAAUGUUAUAUCUCGAGAUUGGCUCAUAUUACCACGGAGUGGUAAAUGUUUCUUACGUAAAAUGUUCCGAGAAAUACGGGCAACACAUCUGGUCAAAAACAAUAUUUUUUCUGGAUUCCUUGGUUUAUAUUCUUCAAAAUUCACCUAUCACUAGUUUUCGGGUGUCUUACGUCUAUAAAUUAUAAAAUAAAAUAAUUACGAAAUUUACAACUAUUUUCGUAAAAAUGUUAUAUCUCGAGAUUGGCUCAUAUUACCUCGGGAUUAUAGUUGUUUCUUUCGUCAAAUUUUCCAAGAAUUACGAUGAAAUUAUCAAAUUUAAAAUAAAAAUAGCUGCGCUUGCCGAAAAAUGUCAAUUUUGUUUUCAAAUACAAAAAUAAUUUAUCUGGCAACACUUCUGGUCAAAAGAUAUAUUUUUUCUGGAUUCCUUGAUUUAUUUUCUUCAAAUAUCGUCUAUCAGUAUUUUUCCGACAUCUUACGUCUAUGAAUUGUGAGUCCUACAGAGCGGGGGUAUUCCAAUCGACACCAAAAUUGAGAUUUUUCCAAAGAGACAGUACAUGAAUAAUUACUCAAACUUUGAGUAAACUUUGUGAUGGUCGUGUCCAAGUGGCAUGUACACUUCGUAUGGAAUGACCCAUAUUAUGAUAGUUUGAGCAAUUAAAUUAAAAUUGGCUGUAUUUGGACGGAUGAUAAAUGGAUUUUCAGUCGAUUGCUUCAAGAACGAAGGAAAUCCAUCAAAAACCGAUUUAUUAGCAUUUGAAAUUGGACAUCUAUUUUCCUUUUUCCUUUUUAGAUAUUCAUUUCACAUCCCUAUGUAGCCGAACUUCCUGAGAGACGUAGCUCUACGUCAAAAAAAACGUAUUUGCAAAGUUUCACCGAAUUAAAAAACGACAAAAUAAUGAAAUUGGGACAUUUUUUUGGUAUAGUCCAAACAUAAACAAAUAAUCUGGAAGUGACAUUUGUCAUUCGCACCUUCUGCAAACGUUUUGCCUGCCGUGUAAACGACAGCCAAAAAUUGGAAGGUGCGACGACAAGUAGGUGUGCACGCGGCGUAGCUUGAAGCGGCGCGAUUGUACCUUUAAAGAAGACGCCUGGAAGGCGGUAGAUGCUCUUAGCUACAUCGGAAGCUUUCAAGAAGGUACUGAAAAUUUUCGUCAGAAAAGCGUUGUCACGUCGUGUGUGUGUGUGUGUGUGUGUGUGUGUGUGUGUGUGUGUGUAUGGGCUUUUACGAUACAUUUCUUGUUAUCAGUGUAAACUACAACACGUGAUUAUUAAUGUGCAUAACUCGGUAUAUGAAGUUUUUCGUACGAUGUACACCAAGCGAACAAUUGUGAUCUAUUCAUAUUCAUUUGACUGAUGAUCAUGAUGGAAAAAGAGAGUAAAUAACAGUGUAUACUCACCUACUCACGUUCAACUCCCUUACACCACACUCUCCUCGCCACCACACCACACCUCUUCUACUACUCAGUCAGCAUUACAUUCUCCUGUAGCUAUCCUUUCUCCCCCUAGGGACUGGCAACGUAUGGAGAACAACACAACGAGUGACUAUAUUACCUUGCAUAUCGAUAUUCGUUCAGAUGGAUAAAAAAAUUAAUCUAUCAAUAUAGUUUGCUUCCAACUCUACCUCUUUAUUCGACUGAAAUUGCUUGUCAGAGAGCCACAUUUUUAGCCGGGAAAACAGGAAAUAAACACAUGGGACUGAAGUUGGCGAAUGCGGAGGAAGGGGAACCAAUUCGUAGCGUGAUUUCUUCAAUUUAUCGAUCGUAUCGCAAGCAAACUGAGGUGAAGCAUUGUCUUGGUGAAACAGCACUUUUUUCUUCACCAUACGCGACCAUUACGGCCUAAUUUCAACGUCCAAUCGAUAACCGUUACGGCCUGGUUUCAACGUCCAAUAAUAAGGUACAAUAACAUCGGUGAUUUUUCACCACAGACAAACAGACAUAACACUUUAAACAAAUCUAAGCAUUCAAAGUGCAGCUCUGUCUAUCUGUUUGUCUGAUCCAUAAAGACUUGGCAACUACUGAGUAGAUCGGUGUGAAAUUUUGCAUACAAGUUUUUCAAAGGCCGGUAAAGGUGAUUAAGAUAGUUCAUGGCCCCUCCCUAUUCUAAAUUCUUAGGGAGGAUUCUUAUACAAAUCAAACACAAAUUUAUGCAUAACUCUGGAGCUAAUCAAGCAAAUGAAAUCAAAUUUGGCCUGUAGAAGGUUUUGAAGGCAAAAAAUAUUCUCAUGAUGGUUCGACUCCCCUCCCUAAAAUGAAGGGCUCCCAUAUGAAUUUCAUACAAAUUUCUUCGCAUAUCAAGAACUAAUCAAGAAAAUAGAACCAAAUUUGGCAUGUCGAGGUUCUUGAGGUUAAGAAAUGUAUAUAUGAUGAUUUGACACUCCUCCAAAUCCAAGAUAGCAACUUCCGGUUCCUGAAAAACUGCCAAGUGUGACCAAAUAGCAGCCACAAUAUGUAUUUCCGGAACCAUAAUGAUGCACAAAAGCCAAAAAUCGAUCACAGAUACCAUUAUAAAUACUAAGAUGGCCAUUUCCGGCUUCUGGAAAACACACCAAAAUUGCCGAAUACUACACGCAAAAGUUGGAUGGUUCAAAAGUAGUACAAAAUUGUGCGUUUUUAGCGCAAUUGUUGAUAUAAUUUGAAACCACCAGUACAAUGGUUGUGUGUUGGACAUAACACAAUUAAUGCUCAAGCGUUGUUUCAAUGUAUUUGGCAGCUCCAAACUACUACACCUAAACAGUUUCAACUAGUAUCGAGCAGAAUUGCAAAGCGAGCGAGAAGCAACACCUUUCUCCUCCUUUCUACUUGAGAACGAGACAUAUGCUACUCUUCUCAAGUCUUUUGCACACACGCUUACGAGAUACACUUUUUUCUUCAUGCAUUCCCCUGAGUAGCAGCAAGCACGCACCGACAGUUUGAGUGAGACUAACACACUGAUACCAAGUAUGUACAGCACGGGUUUCUCGCUCAUUUCGUAAAGCGACGAGACAUCCCAUCGCCUUGCGCGUAGCGAUCCGAACCGAAAGAGAAGCGAAAGAGCAACCUGCAAAUUGUAUGUGACGUGUCUAGUCUCGUCGCACGUACAUGGAAAUUCUACGAGCGAGAGAGAAAUUUCUCUCGUCGUGUAAGAAAAAAGCGCGUGCACAGGAUGACAAAUAAUAAUUAUUCACAAUUUACAAGUGUUGCCAUGAAAAAUCAGCAACGCUUUUGUGGCUUUGUGGAAUGGAGGGUUUUUGGGGGAGCUAGCGUUGAUUACAAAAUGUUGUGAACAAAAUUUCGUUUCGUUUUUUUUUUUUUUGCAAAUCAUCCAAUGAUUCUUUUAAAUGACCAAAUCCGUCGAGAUAAAUCGAUCGAGUAUCAUAGCUAUAUAAAUCUAGUAAGUUCACAAGUUGUUGUUCGCUGCUUGCACUGCUCUAUGAGUAGCAGUCACUAAUACUAAUAUUCUGAUUUCAAUCUAUGUCUAAAUAUCUAAAUAGUCGACCGCAGACACCAUUUUGAAUUCAAAGUUGGCUGAUUCCAGUUUCUGUUAAGCAGCCAAAAAUUCCCGAAUACUGGAAAACAUCGACCCCAGAUACCAUUUUGAAUUUAAGACGGCGACUUCCGAUCUCUGGGAAACAGCCGAAAAUGACCGAACACCACUUGAUAUGGAUAUUUCCAUAAUCGAGAUGAUAAAUAAAAGCCAAGAAUUGACCCUGGACGCCAUUUUGAAUUUAAAGAUGAUGACUUCCGGUUGCUGUAUAACAGCUAAAAUUAGUCGAUGCCACCCCAUAUGGGUAUUUCUGGAAUCAGAUUGAUGCUCAGUUGCCCGAAGUUGACUCCACAAAUCCAAGAUGACGACUUCCGGCUUCUUGUAAUCAAUUGAAAAAUAGCAAAUACCACACAAUAUUGGUAUUUCCGGAAUCGAGGUAAUGUCCAAAAGCCAAAAGGAGACGAUGUUCUUAUUCCGAUAAAACCAAUCAUUUCUAACGAUUUGUCUUUUGAGUUUGAGCGUACCCAAUAUCCGUUUCGUUAUAGAUUUGGCGACUCUUUAAAAAGCGCCUGGAAUUAUCUGGAAUGUAUAAAAUUAUUUAAAUAAAGAAAAAUGGGCAGGACGUAGAUUGCCGGGUUUGCUGGUUUUUAAUAAAAUCGUCAUCCGGAUGAUGCCAGUACUUUACGUUGGUAACACUAGCACCAUCUGCUGCCGUACUCGCGCUACGUCUUGUAUUUUGACUUUAGCGCUAGCGUACGUGGAGGUGUCAAAUUGGAAACCACAAAACAUGUGUGGAUUUUAGAAAUGAUCGUUUUUUUGUGGCAAUGGAGCUAGGUUCCAGUGUUACAUCUGUUAGUUCGGGGUUUUAGAUGUUCGAGUAGUGCAUUCAUCAAAUGCGCGAUUUUGAAAAAAAUCUAGACAACAAUUCACCGGUUGAUGUUGCGACCACCGAUUAGAUUCAGAACUAAAUUGGUGGUUCCAUGUUUCAUCCAUUGCACACUGGGAAAUGGAUGAAGAGGAUGUGUAUGAGACACGGCCACAAGGUAAACGUAGAACUCCGACAGCCUAUCUCAAGUCAAUGUAUCUCUUGCAAGAACUUGAGUAAUAAAUUAGACUUGGGUUAAUCAAGGUUUAGACCAUUAAUCUGAAGUAAUAAUUCUCUGUAAUAAUUUCAAUAAAUAAGAAUAAUGAAAGGCCUCCAUUUUGGCCGCCAUCUUGGGUUCUACUGCCAUUUUAGUUUAUAUCAGACAAACGCGUUUUGGACCAUGUUCGCAUCUACCGAUUUUUAGUCUAAGACAACCACCAGAAAACUAGGAAAAAUACUAUAAGAAUAAUAAAAGUUUUGAAACUCGUUUUGAAAGCAAACAAUACAUUCAAUGAUGGCAAUUUCGUUCACGGGUUUCUUUAAAAUACGUUUUACUAUGUCAAAUCCGACGUUUCAAGGAUACAUUUUCACGUCCUCAGGGCAAAAACAAAACAAACGAGUUCUCGUCAAAAUUGGUGCAUAUACUACUAGUAUAACCUUGAAAAUGGCAGACCUGUCUGCUGCUGCUUUGCUUAUUCCUCGCUUGUUUCGCAUAUUAUUCGAUAUUCAAAUCGAAAUUCAGUAUGCUAAUUUUGUUCUACGAUGAAGUGGAACGUAACACAGCAUAAAUUACAGGAUCAACGAGUUUGACCCAUUUUCAAUUAGAUUGUGUGUAUUUUCGUAAGAUGUUUCUUCUGAUUCGAACUCGAACUGUAUGGAAAUUUCAGAAGCACAACCAAGUCGAGGACCUCAGCAGCUGAACCAGAAACUAAUUCGGUGCGGUUUAAUGAGAUUUUGAAUCUUUGCUUAUUCUGCUCCAUUGGCAGGGGAGAGAAACUAAAACGAGCUUCUUCACGAAAUGAUAUUUCAUUAUUCAAAUAAACCACGUUUGUUGCCUGCCCGGUACGAACCAAUCACGGUCUCGGACUGUGCACAGCUACUAAACACUUUUAAUUAAAAUGUACUGAUCUCUCGUACCGAAAGCACACGUCAGCAUUUUUAAUUAAAUCUCCGGGACGAGAAGAAAUGCAAACUUUCCCGAUAUAACUGCCGAUGAAAAUCCGGGGAGGUCAACGUUCUGCACUCUGGUCGCGUUCCAGCACUCGAUAUCGCCCGGGCUACGAUUUGCCAAAAAACUACUCUCUAUUGAUUGCCAACAUUGGCCCAGGAUCCUUCUUUGCCUUUAAGAUUCAUUCCGUAGGGAUUAAAUUCGUCCCCCUUACCCCCAUCCCACUAAAACCCAUCCGUCGCGUCGCUUGGCGGAGCUCAACAAUUCUCAAUUUUUCAAUUUCCCUCUACAUACAGAAAAAUCGACAGUUUUUCUUCUUCCAUCUUCCGGCGGCGCAUCAUCAUCCAAGCCGUUAGUUUCGCGGUCGACGUCGAAGUCGAACCUGCCACACGAGCAGCAAAUCUAAAGCAAACACGGUGCUGUUUUUUAAUUAAAUUUGCUUAUUCCCAUUGCCGUUUUUCCGUUCGUAUCACACUCGCAGAAUCUCCGCUUCCGUUGACCGUGUCGGCGACGGCGGAGACUUUUCCAACCCGACACCCAAUUUUCCGAUCGUUCGCCAAUAAUAUAAUUGGACCGAAGAAACGCUAGCAGAGAAGUGCAAACAUUCGUUCGGCUCGGCCGGUCAUUUUCAGCUUCGAUGGCAAAUGCUGGGGCACAUGUGACGCCCUCGCUCGGUUCUUCAAUAGCAAGUCUCUAAAUAUUGUUAUAAUUCAUUUAAUUUCCGCUGCAAUUCAAUUCAUCAGGACCGAAGGCGGCUACCGCCGUACUUUCGGCUGCGAACGACAAGGCACUCGAAAAAGACAAAUGUAUUUUUCUUUCAUUAUCAUUUGUUUAAAAUCCGACUGGGUGCUAGUGGAAUCGAAGUGAAACGUUGAUGUACAGAAAGACGUUUUUUUUUUUUCGAAAGUCGCCAACAGUCGGCAUCCAUUCCAAUAACCGCCGGAAAACUCGGACGCGCCAAUUCUUUUUCUAUCAUUCGUCUCUGUGUUUUUUUUUACGGAAUGGCAUCAAUUUGUUGCCAGCGAAAUCAAUCGACGGAAUUUUUUUCGAGCUGAUAUUACAGAUCGAUUGAACAUAAACUGAAUCACUACCUAAGUACAGGUACAUUUACUCUAGAGGAAUUCGAGACUACUAAUGUCAAUUAUUUAAUAUUGAUGGUUUUUAGUUCUCGCUAACGUUACACUUCACCCGGGGAUACUGUUUUCUUCGGGAUUCAAAAGGGAAAACAGCUCAAGUGACAACAGGAGAGUAAUGAAACUUGAAAUGAAAAGCUUUCAUCAACUAGGACUGCGGCGAAGUGCGGCGUAGUGUCGGGUAGGGUAUUCAAUAGAUGGAAAACUGUUUCGGUCGUUUAUCGAAGAUCAAUCGCAUGGUGAAACGGCGUUUAUAGCAUUCGCUGAAAACUGGUUUCAUCAAUAUGCGCCCGGUCGUUGGCUUCUAGUCUGCGUUUCGCAAGAUGCUGAAAAUAGUGGAGCAGAAAGACACGGGAUGUAUGGCGAAAUUUAGUAUUCGGUAAUCUACACCAGUCACUAAGUGCUCUAGAGAAGGGGUAAACAAAUGAAAGCUUUUAACGAAAACCCUGGUUGGAUUCAUUUGCCGUACUGACAAAUAAGCUCUGACGUUUAAUCAAUUGAAAAAAAAAAAAUUGGAAAAUGAUGAAUAUGUCAAAUGAUUUGAGAACUCCAAGUGAAAAUAUCCUGGAUAAAUACAAAGUGCACCACUUAAAACAACCAGAACACCAAAAGCGCAGCUCGAAAUAAUAUUUCUCCACGACAAUGCUUCAUUGCAUAUGGCCUAACUGAUUCCCAACAAUCAAACUAGCGAUUCCUUUAUAUGACUAUUUGUUAUAUUCUUUUUGUCUUUAUUCAGAGGCAGAUUUGUUUCUACAACGCUAGCGAUAACUCAGGAGCUUUCGGAUAAUCUACCACACGAACUGACUGCUAACUUAUUAACUUAAUUUUUUAUACUUAAUUUUACAAAUUCCUUAUCCAAUACAAAUUGCUGACUGUCGUUCUUCACUGCGAUGGUGCGAGCAAACACAAAGAGAGAGCGAUGACGUUUCAAAGGGCCUUUUAUAUCUCCUAUUGAUCGAUACUGAUUUAUCGAUCUCCUAGAUCGAUUCCAGUUCAGUGGACAGGUUGUUCGAAGAUCAAGUGGUCUAAUUUGUCGUAUUCGAAAACCGGUUGGAGAAUACAGUCUUAUCGCGGGUAUGCGAUCAUCACGAUCGUGUGUGAUGUGUGUUGGAAGAUACUGUUGUAGUGUAGUUAACCAACAGCAAUUUAACACCAAUGCACCAUAUUUUGACGAGAGCUUGUUUGUUUUGUUUUUGCCCUGAGGACGAGGAAAUAUAUCCUUAAAACGUCGGCUUUGACAUAAUAAAACGUGUUUUAAAGUAACCCGUGACCGAAAUUGCCAUCAUUGAACCCAUUAACUAUUUAUUGGUCAAACAACGCUCAAGGUAAAUUUAUUGGACAGGUGCUUACCUUGUCCCUUGUUACCAAGGGGCUUGUAUUUUAUCUUAAAGUUGAAUUCAGCUGCUGCGAAAGACCGUGUUGAUCUGCUGCUUAGUUUUCUCUAUGUUGUUCAUCUGAUGCCGAUGAGGGCAACAGACAGAUUUUCGUCACUGGACGUCUGUAGCUGCCUCGGGGUGUCCUGACCGUAACUACUCGAACUAUGCCAUCAGCUCCCGGAUGUAGCUCUUCAAUUCUAGCCAUCGGCCACUGCAUCGGAGGAAGAUUCUCGUUCAUCAAAAUAACAAGUUGAUCCUUAGCAAGUUGCACGGGUGGAUUGCACCAUCUCGCUCGUGGUUGAAGUGUUGACAGGUAUUCUCUGUGCCAUCGGUUCCAAAUAUGCUGAAACUUUUUUUGGGUUUGUUGCCAUUUUUUCAGACGAUUGAACGGUAUUGCGGUGAAAUCGGUGUCUGGUACAGCUUUCAGUGCAGAACCAAUAAGAAAGUGGCCGGACGUUAAAGGUUCGAAAUCUGUUGGGUCAUCGCUAAGCGGUACAAGAGGUCGUGAAUUAAGGCAACACUCAAUUUGAGAAAGAAGUGUUUCUGUGUCGACGUAUGAUAGAGUUUGAUUACCCAAUAUACGCAGAAAGUGUUUCUGCGCCGAGUUAAUUGCCGACUCCCACAAGCCACCGAAAUGCGAUGCCAAAGGAGGAUUGAAGUGCCAUCUAAUGCCUUGUGAUGCACAUUCUUGCUGUAGUGCCAUUCUAUGUUGCUCGCUCUGUAUCAAUUUACGUAGUUCGUUGGCAGCUCCAAUAAAGUUGCGACCGUUGUCGCUGUAAACAUCCGAACACAAACCCCUGCGGGCCACAAAACGGCGUAGCGAUUGUAGAAAUUUUGCAGUCGUUAAGUCCGCUACUAGUUCGAGAUGUACUGCUUUAGUGCAAAAACAUACAAACACCGCGACAUAGGUUUUUCUCGGGCUCGCUCUCCUAUGCGGUGGUUGAACGUAUAUCGGUCCCCAAUAGUCAAUACCGGUUGUUGAAAAGGGUCUGCCAUGAACUGUUCAACGCGUUUAGGACGAGCGCGGAAACAAACAUCGCAAUUCUGAACAAUUUUCUUGACCAGCCUCCUGGCCCCUAUGGUCCAAUAGCGCAGGCGAAGUAAACUAAUUAGCAACUGAGGGGCGGCAUGUAAGUUUCUCACAUGGUAGCUACGUACUAGCAGUGCCGAUAGAGGAUGUUACGAGGGAAGAAUAAUUUGGUGCUUGCUGUCGUAAGAUUGUUGCGAGUGAGACAGUCGUCCCCCUAUUCGAAGCAACUGUUCGGGGCUCAAGAAAGAAGCGAACCACUUGUGUCGAGACUUGUUUGCUACUGGUUUCUGCUGCUGUAAAGCUGAUACUUCUGCUCCGUACACUUGGUUUUGCACCAACCUUAUUAGGGUGUGCUCUAGAGUGGCCAUAUUUUGUAUGGCCGUUUUUGAAACUAUCGAUCUUAAUGAGCGCCGGGCUGAAAAAGUUUCCUUUUGACCUCUACAAUAAGCCACGAAAAUUAAAAGUUCAUCGGAGUUUAUUUAAUGGACUCACAAAGCGCUUAUAUUUGAGAAAUCGAUUUACAUGAAAAUUGUAUGAAGUUUUUUUUUAACAUAUAUCUUUCGAUAAACUUAUUCAAAUACACUUGUAUUUUCAUAAAACAGUAAUACUAUUACCCCAAUUUAAGUUUAAAAAGAUCUAUAACUUUCGGUGUUUGUUAAAACGGUUGUAUGUUGAAUGAGGUAUGUAUUUUUUAGGUAUAAAUUACCAACAUGCAGUAUAAACUGAAAUUCGUCUUAAUUAUGUGUUGAAACACGGGUAGAAUUUUUCAUAAAUUCAACAUUAGGUAUUGAAAGCAAAAAUGGCCAACUUCCAGUCACCAUUUUGAAUUUUCAAAGGCCCAAGAAUUGGUAACAGCUAAUGCGUCACCUGUGAAAACGCUAUUUCAUGUUUGCUGCGGUGAAGCAAACAUAAAAUAGCGUUUUCACAGGGAAUGCAUCAUCUAUUUCCGAGUCAUGUGCUUCUGAAAAUUCGAAGUGGUGAUUCGAAAUUGGCUGUUUGUGGUUUCAUUACCGUUUCACCUUAAGGACCAUUCGCUUUUAGUCGCCCGAUCAUUUUUUGUUUAAUUUCAAACGGAAUAUCAGGCCAAUCCAACUUAUUCUGGGCUUAAAUACCGCGAUUCUUCAUCUUUUCAGUUACAGCGUCUGAGACUACUAUCAAUUUCGGCAUAAGCGAAAGAAUCACGUAGAGAAUUCAUAACUUGAUUGAUACAUUUGACAUCCGAAAAACACUACUACCAACAGGGACAUGUUUUGAAUGCAAUUUAUGGUCAAUGAUCAGAACUUUUGGAUCAUUGAAGCUGUGAGUGAGUUGAUUGGCUGUGAAUGAGUUGAUUUCGUUUGAUGCUCUUGUAAAACGGUUAAAGACAAGUGUUUAAGGUCCGAUGCUCUUGCCAUGUAAUAUAUUUUGCAUAAAAGUUCAUAGAAAUUAAGAGGACAAGUAAUAUUGGUUAGUUUUCGAAACAUUGCCGAAAUAUUUCAAUCCAUUAGUGUUUUAUGAACUUCUUAGGCGAUAUUUUUGCCGUAGCUUGAAUCAAUUUUAAGCGCGCCCAAGAACUUUGCACUUUCAUUGAAACUCAUGAGAAUUGCUAUUCGAUCAACAGGAAAUGAUCGUAUUUGAUAAAAUUCACCGUCUUAGUGUAUUCAGAUCACUUGUGCUGACCUGUUUCAAUAAUAAUAAUAAUAAUAAUAAUAAUACUAAAAAUAACAUUAAAUCCAUACAAAAAGUUCUUAAUAAUUUUAAUAAUUUUGCUUCACCAAUUCGAUUGUCCGCAGUUGCUGCAAUGAAGUACGAUUGAGGAUAUAAUCACUGAAUGCCAGUUUCAAAACCUCUAAAGAAUAUGAGAGGUCAUGCAUUUAUUACGUAACGUACCAAGAAGAAGGGGAUAUUCAACGAAGAGUUCCAUUGCGCGAGGCCCUCAUGCAAAAUUGCGGUAGGGGUUGGAGGUGUUUAAAAUUGCUAUAAUUUAGCGUUACGCAAUAUAUGAAUGUCCCUAAUGAUAUGAUUUUAUAAUUGAAGAGUAUUUCGACGCAAAAUAUACAACUAUUUUAAGAAACUAAGACAAAAAACUUCAAAAAGAGAUAAAAAACAACAGUUCUUAUGAGAAUCUAUUUUUUUAAUAUAAGCGUUUUGUGGGUCCAUUAAAUGAACUCGGAUCAACUUCAAAUUUUCAUGGCUUAUUUUUGGAGUAAAAAGGAAACUUUUUCCGCCCGGCGCUCUUCGAAAUCGCAUGAUGUUACAAAAAUGGCCACUCUAGUGUGCUCUGCUUGACGGAUUUCAUCGGCAGUGAGAAUAUGCGCAGUUGAGCGGAGUUUUGGGUCGAGUUUGUAGUUCUUCAACAUUCUUUGGAAAUAUGCCGUUGCUUCAAGCAACCUUUGAUAGUUGGAGAAUCUGCUAACAUAUAAAUCGACAAACGAAAGUGCAGUUGCUGCUGUGAAAGUGGUUAUUGUUUUCCGCAUUUCAUUCGUACAUUCUGGUGGUAGGUCGUCUUCUUGCUGAUUCAUUGGCCUUGUGGACCAUUCCACCAGAGUUCGCUGCUAAGAAUAAUUUCAGCUGUGGUUCCUCUUGAAAUAUAAUCAGCUGGAUUUUGCAAACCUGCUACGUGUCUCCACGUGCAUUUUUGGGUAGCCAACUGUAUCUUCGAGACACGGUUCGCUACGAAGGUGUUCCAUUUGGACGGAGAAGCCUGGAGCCAGCUUAACACAGUUGUCGAGUCAACCCAGAAAAAGGUUUCUGCGUUCAGGCGCAGAGAUGCUAGUACCUUCUUGUAUAAUUCAGCGGCGAGAAGUGCCCCACACAGUUCCAGUCGUGGGAUUGAUCGCUUUUCAAGAGGAGCGACUCUAGAUUUUGCAGUCAAUAAUGCAACAUUUACGUGACCAGCAGAGUUUUCUGAUCGAAGAUACGCGCAAGCUCCGUAUGCUAACUCAGAUGCAUCCGAAAACAAAUGCAAUUGCACAAAGGUCCAAUUGAGACAUAAGGCAAACCGAUUGAUGUUGAGUUGGUUUAGAUGGGGCAGCUGUGUGUGGUAAACGGUCCAGCGAUUUUGUAGCGUUGAGGGUAGUUCCCUGUCCCAACUCCAUAUAUUUCCGUGUUCAUCCUUUAGCGUCCAUAGCGCUUGCAUAAAUAGUUUUGCCGUUGUCACAACCGGACCCACCAAACCAAGUGGAUCGAAAAGUUGUGCAAUAUAUGAUAGAGCAAUGCGUUUUGUGAGUGCAAUCGUCGAGUCCGGCUUAGGUAAUUUAACAUUAUAUUUAAGAAUGUCAGUAGUGGGUUCCCAGUGAAUCCCAAGUGUCUUGAUGCAUUGGCCACGGUCCAAGUCAACUGAUUGCUGAAUCGCUCUAUUUUCAAUUGAAAUGUCCGCCAACACUGCAGGCUUGUUUGAUGCCCAUUUGCGGAGUUGGAAGCCUCCUCUUGCCAAAAUCGUCUCAAGCUGAUUUCUGAGAGUGAUCGCGUCGGUUUCAGUGCUGCUGCCGGAAAAUAAAUCGUCAACGUGAAAAUCCUUACGUAACACGCUCGCUGCUUCGGGAAAGUCAUUCUGUUCAUCGUCAGCUAGUUUCUGCAAAACUCGUGUGGCUAAAAAUGGUGCGCUAGCCGUCCCGUAAGUCACGGUUUUCAACUCGUAAGUAUCGAGAGGGUCUUCCGGUGAAUUUCUCCAAAUUAUGCGCUGCAGAGGAGUGUCACGCUUGUCAACUAAAAUUUGUCGAUACAUCUGUUUAAUGUCUGCAAUUAGCAUAACGGGAUGGAUUCUAGAGCGCAUAAUGAUGGAACGAAGAUCAUCUUGUACGAUUGGCCCCACUAACAAUGCAUCGUUCAGUGAUGGGCCUUUGGGCGUUUUGCACGAAGCAUCGAAUACUACCCGUACUUUAGUUGUGGUGCUUUCUUCCUUUAUAACCGCAUGAUGAGGUAGAUGGUAAAUCGAGUGUCUUGAAUCGUCGCGUGUAACACGUUGCAUAUGGUCUAAAUCUUCAUAUUCGCGCAUGAAAUCACUAUACUGUUUGCAAAGCGUUGGGUUUCGCUGGAGUCGGUUUUCAAGUAAAUGGAAUCGGCGGAUAGCAGUUUUGCGAUUAUCACCAAUAGUUUCCAGUACGGUUUUCUUCAGUGGCAGACGAACCUUAUACCGCCCUUCUGUAGUACGAGUUACUGUCCGUCGAAAAUACUCCUCGCAUGCAGCUUCUUCAAGAGAAUAACACGGUUCCGUGCUAUCUUCCUCAAUCUUCCAAAAUCUUUCCAUUAGCUGAUGCACAUCGGCGACAGAGGCGACAUUUGCGAUUAUUGGAGAUUGGGAGGAGCAAUGGAGAUUUUUUCCUGUGACUACCCAACCGAAAACGGAAUUUACUAAUGUUGGUAGGUCGUCGCCGAGGGCAAUUCUACCAGGCACUCUAAAGAGUUCAAAGAAUAUUUCAGCACCGAGAAUCAGAUCGAUCGGGUUUGAUUUGAAGAAUGCGGGAUCCGCUAGUUGCACAUCAGCUGGGAUUUUACAUGCUUACAUGUUAACAGAAGUUGCUGGAAGAUCGACAGUAACCUUUGGAAGUACGAGAAAUUCGACAGUAGCAGAAUAAUCGGUAAUACGAGAGCAGACAAGUGACGAAAAUUUUCCUUUAGUCUGAGUUGCAGAUUGGCCAAUACCCGCAAUCGGGAUGGUAAUUUUCUUACGCUGAACCUUGAUCAGUUGCGAAAAGGAUUCAGUUGCGAAACAGCAUUCACUACCGGAAUCCAAAAGUGCACGUGCAGCGUGCCGCGUUCCAUUAUCGUCGAUCACAAUCACCACGGCAGUGGCAAGCAAAACACGCGUUCGCUUUCGUGUGGCCGAAGCAUGAGUAGUCGGUUGCGGCUGGAUGGCAGAAAACGAUAUAGGUGGCAGCUCACCUUGCUGACUUGAAGACGACGGAAUUUGAGCAGACACGUUCGACGACUCACUUGGCAAGACUCGAGCUUUAUUUUGGCAUAAUUGCGUGUGAUGUCUACCUUGACAUCUUUUACAUGAACUAAAUGAGGAACAAUCCUUUCCGACAUGACCCGAGCGCAGACAGUUUCGACAAAGUUGUAGCCGACACACUUCCUUUUCCUUCUCUUGAAUAUCCAUUUUCGCAAAUUUAGCGCACAUGUAUAAGGGAUGUUGUUCCGAACAAACGCUGCACUUUCGAGACUGGAAUUGGGUAGCCCCAUGGCUCGCAAAUGGACGGGAAGCUGGUUGCCUCUUGAGAAAAGCAUUUGAAGAAGCCUCGGUUGUAUUUCCGCUAAUGGUUUGCAGGACUGUAACCCUUCUUUGAAUGAACGUUGUGAGAUCGGGAAACGAAACCGUGUCACGAGUGGAAGAGUGCUCUUCCCAAUCCCCUCUAGUCGUUGGGUCAAGCCGUGUGCUAAGCAUGCGUAUCAGCAAAACGUCCCAAAAUUCUGUUUUUUCACCUAGCUGUUGAAGUAUCUUAACGUUCGCCUCAAACUUCUCAACUAACGAGUGGAGCUCAGUCGCCGAUUCACGCUUAAGCGGAGAAAAUUCGAAAAGUGCAUCGACAUAUGAUUGUUUCAAUCUGGCUGUGUUCUGAAAGUGCUCAACUAACAGAUUCCAUGCGACCGGAUAGUUGUUUGCACUGAGCGGAAUGGUUUGGAUUAGCUUCAAGGCAUCGACGGCAACAGACGAGCGAAGAUAAUAAAACUUUUGAAUGUUGGACAAAUCCUGUGACGAAUGAACCAGCGAGAUGUAUAAAUCGUGAAAGUUUAGCCAGCUAUCGAGACUGCCGCUCAAUAUAGGUAGCUUUACAUCUGGUAGGCGAAUGUUCGAAUUCGAUGGAGCGUAUUGAGCGGUUGAAAUAUUUGAAGGCGUUACGCUCGGUGUAGAUGGCGAUUUAUUAACGGCAAGCAGAAAGCCUUUAACUUUAUAAUAUUGGGAUUCUAUAUCGGCACGUUGUUUGAGUUGAUCGUCGAGGUUAGCUUCAUCCAGCGAUUCCAAUUCGCACUGGAUUUUGCUGAAAUCUGUCCACAAUGAAACCAGAUUUUCAAGGCGCACCGGCACUUCUGCAACAUCCCUGGUUUCAUCGUAGCUGUCCACGAAGGUUUUAAUAAGGUUGAAAGAUGUGACUAUGCUGCGUUGGUGCAGCUUUAGAGUUUUUUUCCGCCGUUCCGUCGACAUUGUUAAAUCCGGAACUGCAAACAAAAGACCACGUAGCUCAAACGAGACAGGAUAAGGAUGUUGGAAAGCUAAUUACCUUCUUGAGGCAAUUUAAUGCCUUGAAUAAUGAAUCCCAGCAAAAUGGCGAAGUCCAAUGGCUAACAAAUCGGCAGCUAUCCGGCUGGCAGGAUUCCGAUGAUGGCGGAUGAACGGAGUUCGACGUCCUAUCCGGCUCGAAGGACCAAUAGCGAUAACUCAGGAGCUUUCGGAUAAUCUACCACACGAACUGACUGCUAACUUAUUAACUUAAUUUUUUAUACUUAAUUUUACAAAUUCCUUAUCCAAUACAAAUUUCUGACUGUCGUUCUUCACUGCGCUGGUGCGAGCAAACACAAAGAGAGAGCGAUGACGUUUCGAAGGGCCUUUUAUAUCUCCUGUUGAUCGAUACUGAUUUAUCGAUCUCCUCGAUCGAUUCCAGUUCAGUGAACAGGUUGUUCGAAGAUCAAGUGGUCUAAAUUUUCGUAUUCGAAAACCGGUUGGAGAAUACACUCUUAUCGCGGGUAUGCGAUCAAACGCUAUAACCAUUUCUGAAAGUCGGGAAACCCGGGUAGGAACAUUAUUGGAAAAACUCAAAUGAUCUCCAACAAUACCAACAGUUGAUGAGAUGAAGGUCGCAAAAAAAUUUAUUUCACAUUCUGCUUAAAAUCAUUAAAAAUGCAAUUUUUUCCUUCAAAAAAAUAAUAUCAAUUUUUUACCGUGCCGUGUACAGGACGAAACCAUCACCAAUCGUUUUGAUGAAUUAUUUCACAUGUAAAAUGCGAUAUACCCGGCGAUGAAUAAUUAUUGGGAAUUCGGGUUCCUUUUUCUCCUGUGUGCAAUGACUGAAUCAGUUGAAGUGCUCUAAGUUGCAUGCAAAUGUGACUUUUUUACUAGAAAGUUUAUUCAAGGGUUAUUUUUAGAAGCCCAUCAACUAACUUUAUUCCUACGUGAACGGAUCAACUGGUAGUACAAAGAAACAUAAAAAUAAUGCUUGGAAAUAGUGAAUCAUUCUCAGUGUACUCCUAGUGGUCUCACUUCAAGUGAUCAAUAACGUAGUAAUGUUUGUUUGAUACUUACUCCUACUUUCAAAUAAGGAAUCUUCUGCAUAAUCCACAUUAUCAUAGAAAGAAGUUGGCGUUCGUAGUAAGGUACUGAUCUUGGUCCACCGACUUUGAUGGUGUAGUUUUACGAAUUCACGCACGAUAUGGGUACUUCAUGGUAUCUAGGCAUUCGGCCACCAUGAGAUAAUAUAUUUGAAACCGUGUCAUAAUCGCAGUAUCGGUAUACGGAAAAUAGAAAUAGCGAAUAUCUUAUUACUGCAUCGCAGUGUCAUGUUAAAUGUUCAAGCUGUUGCACUGAGUAAGUCAUACUGGGCACAAUUAUAAAAGCGCACCCGAAAUUUCUGGUAAAUUACAAUUUAUGUGUUUAAACUAGAACGCGGUUGAACGAGUCCGUUGAUACUUUUGACGUAGAGCUACGUCUACGGGGAAGCAUCUGAGGGGGUGUGAAAGUAUCCCGGGAAACAGUUAAAUAUGGGCAUAAGCAAAGCAAGGUGCUACAUUCCAAUUCGGAACUCGACCAUAUGUUUAUUAUACACCAACUUCGCAGCCAACUGAUGAGUGUACAGAACAAUUACGAGCUAGCCUAGUCCUAACAGUCACUAUUUCCGAGUCGAGACUCAAACCUACGACGACUGGCUUGUUAGGCCAGCAUCGUACCUCGAGACCAGCUGGUAGAUCUACAUGACCAUAUGUGACCUAAUACAUAUGCGUACUUCCUAAAUCGAAAUUAUGCCCAGAGAUCUGGAAUUGACUUCCAACGCAAUUAAAUCCAUGGUGGCAAGUUCUGAGUUUAGAAAAACCGCAAUAAAAGGUCAACUUUCACCCAAUAUGGUUAUUUCCGGAACCAGAAUUAUGCCCGGAGAUCAGAAAUCGACUCCAAAUACCACAUUGAUCCCAACUUGGGUGUUGAUGGAAAAACCCAUCGCUCUUUUUAUGGAAGUUAAGGUGGAAGUGUGUUGAAGCCACAAAUGGCCGACUUCCAGUCAAGGAAUCCAAAAAAUAACACUUGGCAGUGUUGCCAAAUAUAUUGUGUUUGCGUUUGAAAAAUUAAAUUGCGUUUUUCGGCAAAUUAGUAUAUUAGGAUUUGUAUUCUGAUCAUUUCAUCGUAUUGCUGAGAAAAUUUUACAUACAAAACACCUAUCUCUCAGAGGUAUUAUAAGUAAAAUUCGAGUUACAGCAUUUUUAAGAUAUGAAGUUCAAUUUUCUCUGGUUCCAAGCAUUCUUCUCUUAAAGUUAAUUUAUAUCUCCAAAUAUUUCAAAUCAGUGGAUCUAAAAUAUCCGGAGAUAUAAUAUUUUAUUUAAAGGUUGCAUUUAAAAAAAAAAUGUAACGAUCAAAAACAAUUUUUUUUAUGAGGCUGUAUUGCCAGAUUUUUUUGCAUUUGAAAAAUUUAAUUGCGACGAAUGGGUAUAGUUUGAUUUCGAAAACGUCAAUUUUGUCGUGUUUCCUGAGAAUUGUUUUCAAGAAAAACACCUAUCACUCAGAGGUAUAUAAGAGCAAUAGUUGAUGUAUAGCAUUUAUAAGAAAUGAAGUCAAAUUUCCCCUGAUUUGCUUAUUGUUGCCUAUUACUUUAAGGAUUGCUAAUAAAUUGCCAGAAAAACAUUCAUCAUUAAAAUAACCUUAGAACUUGAAAACUUUAAAUUAAUAAAAGAAAACUACUUGAUAUCCAAGCAACUGGUAACACUUCCGGUUUAAAUUUAUAAGCUUUCUGAAUUCCUUGGCUUUCCAUUAUCAACAGUUUCAGAGACAUAAAAGUCAAUAAGAGACAUAAAGCGCAAUAAAAAUGGCCCUUCCAGAGGGUCUCGAGGUAUCAUGCUAACCUAACAAGCCAGUCGUCUAAGGUUCGAGUCUCGGCUCGGGAGGGACUGUUAGUGUCAGUAGAAUCGUAGCGCUAGUCCCGCAAUUGUCCUGUACAUUAAACAGUUGGCAGCGAAGUUUGUGCUUGGCUUGAAAAUAGAAUAAUAGAUCAAAGGCAAUUUGACUUUGUUAUAAAAAAGAAAUGCUGUAACUUAAGUUUCGCGCAAAAUACCUGAUAAGAAUUUUUCGUGUAAAAUUUCCUCAGAAAUACGAUAGAAAGAUCAAGUUCGAAAUUGAAAUACAUAUACACAUUUUUCAAAUACGCAACUUCGUUUUUCAAAUGCAAAAUUAGUAUAUCUGACAACACUCCUUUUUGCAUUUUGAUUUUUUGACAAUUUUUUUCCAAAACAUAAUUUCUAGAAUAUCUGUUGAUAUAGCAUAUCCGAAGAUAUUUGAAAACAUAGAAAAGAAAACUGCUUAAAACCUAAGAAAUUGGACUUUAUACAGGGUGUCACCGUGAAAGUGAUACACUUUAUUAAUGCCAUGAAAUUAAAACAGAUGAAUAUUUCUUCUCUGAAUAUUGUUUAUUAUCAUGGGAUAGCAGUAAAGUUACAGUUGAUUCAGUUCAAUUUAAAUCUUUCGCCUUUGCAUUUGAUUACGGCCCGCAAAUGCUUCUGAAAACUAUCACAAGCUGAACAACUUUGACCGGUAUUUCAUCCCAGAUUAUCACCAAACGGUACUUAAAGGUGUUCAAAGUCAUGUGUUUUACUUCACACAGCUUUUUAGUAUGUACCCCCAAAUGUUGAAGUCCAAUCGAUUAAAAUUGAGAGAGAAUGUGCCAGAAGUACUGAUAGAGAGGCACAAGGCAGCAAGUGGUCUUUAAGGUGAAACGAUGUUGAAGCCCCAAAAGGCCGAAUUCGAGCCACCACGUUAAAUUACCAAAUGCACAAGACUCGGAAAUAGUAAAGCGUUUUUACUAUUUUUUCUAUUUUUAACAACGGCUUUUACCCGUUAACACUCAAGUUUAUUAAGCUGACAUUAUGUGAAGUAGGGAAGCGAAAAAUAAGCGAACUGGAUAUAUGAUACAGAUUUGGAAAAACAUUUCCAAAUAUUAUAUAUAUUAUAAAUUAUUAUUAUUAUUUUUCUAAAUCUGUAUCAUAUUUCCAGUUCGCUUACUUUUCGCUCUCCCUACUUCACAUACUGUCUGCUUAAUGAACUUGCGUGUUAACGGGUACAAGCCGUUGUUAAAAAUAGAAAUUUAGAUCGAAAAAUUUAGCCGUACCGAACACCUUCCGUUGUUGUGUCGCACUUGCAAGCACGACGCAGACUGACUUUGGUCUCGAUCACACUGGUCUAUAAGAGUUAUCAGCAUCAGCUGACUCUUCUAUGUGUGAUGAGACAUUCCUUUCAGUCUAUAAAUAACGCUUGCACAGCAGUGUGUGUAGUUAGGGAUGAGCAAUGGAAUAAGUCGGCAGUGGAAUGUGAUACGAUAUAGAUUGUGGAACAGUACCACCGUCCCGCGUAGUUUAAUUGAUCAAAACACCAUGCCGGAGACAGGGAGAUCGCGGGUGCAUGUGAAAAAAAUACACAAUGGUACACAAUGGUUACGGAGUCCGCAGACAGAAUCAAUUCGUUCGUUUGACUUACGUAUUUUUAUUCUCAGCCUCUUCUUAAUGAAGUGAAAUAAAAAUAACUUAUAACUUAUAAUCUUAUGGUUUUUAUGGUAAUCAUAUUCAUGAGACAAAUUUUCAUUCACCAUCAGCAGCAGCAUUGCAGUUCUUCCUUAAUUGCACGCGAACAGAAGUCGUGUACCGCUGCAAUAAUAGACGACGAGAAACCAGCGGCAUUCUGCUCCACAGAUACUGUACGGUACCGUUGCUUUUACCAGCAUGUUUUCUUUCAAGACAUCAGCUUUUACCUUCGAGACUUCAAAUUAGUCUAAAUUCAUGGAAGCAAACAUAAAUUGAUCUUUCGGAACGGAGAGACUCUGUUUUUUUUUUCUCUUUUUUACAGAGAAUAUCACAGCUGGCAUGUGAUUGGUUUAUUGUUCGCGUAAGUGUAAAGGACAAACUUCUUAUCAACUUUUAUUACUGCGUAAUAAAAUAAUCUGACGGAACAUUUACCAGUUUCAUUUCCAAUUUUGUAAAAUGCAUUCCAGUAUAAAAAAACAAAGACGUAGUUCCACGUCAGUAAAAUUUUCAACGAAAAUUGGAGAUUUUGUCAGAAAAAAGGGGAGAAUCUCUUAUUCCAUUGGCACCAAAGUUGGAUUUUUUGCAUAGUGACCUUUUAUGAACAUUUCCCCAAAUUUUGGCCCAUUUUCUCUUUUUUUACCACACUUGAGAUGAAGUGACCCAUAUGUUGUAUAUAUUUUAAUUUAAUUUAGAAUCCAAAAUAUCACAGCACAUACGCUACAUACAAUUGAUAUGUCAUAAACUAUUACCUUUUACGACAAAACUCUGCACCGAUAAAUCGCCGCUCGAGUGAUCUACAGUUAUGACGUACCAUAUCGGUCACUAGCAUACGCACUUUAUCUAACGAUAUUCGGUUAGUCUACGAGCAGCAAUCAGUGUCACAGCCCCCGGGACGGCGAGGAGAAGACAAACGGAGCCAUACAUUGCCCGUAUUAUCAAAGCGAUUUAGAGUGGCCGCCUCCUGCCUGGAACGGGCUUCUUGUCACGGCACAUUGCGAGAUCGUCAACGCAGAGACAAAUUGUGCCCCUUUGACAUUUCCUCGGGAGGAAAACCAUUUUUCGUUCCCGACCACCACUGCUGAUUGAAUAUCGCCUUCAAACGUUAACAAUGGCCGGCUUUUAAAGUUAUCGCUGGGAGGGAGCGUAAAUAGGAGCAGAGAAUGUGCACAUGAAGGGUCCCCCCAUGAGGGUGUACAGGGAUAGAAGAAACGAUCCAAUAUCUUAAUCGCUUAUCGGUCCUUUCAGUGCAGAGAUAGAGCAGAGCGACGGAGAAAGAGAUAGUUGUAGAUUCCGUCUUAAAAGAAGCAAUAUCUUCAAAUAAAAUUGUUCAAAUCCGGUGCCGCAUUGUUUAUCUUUCGAAUGUAGCGGGAGGCAGCCUGUCAUGCCAACGUACGGAUAAACCCAUCCUCAGUCGAAGCGGAGGACAAUGGAAGAUCUGCUUCGGACGUCCGUCGCAGCAGAAGACGGAGAAGCUGCUGCCAGCAAGGUUGGAUACCUUUCGGAAUGGUUCCUCAUGAGAUAUUAAUGGCGUUGGGUUUGAUUUCGCACGCAAAAAAAAAGUCAAUUUCGGUGAUGGACUUUUGCUGAAAAGGCCGAUAAGUGCCAUUUACCAGAAUUUCGAAAGCAGCCAACCGGAACCGGAACCGUGUGUGCGUGUGUGAGGUGUGUCGGUGUGUGUGUGUGUGUGUGUGUGUUUUUUUCCGGCAGGAAAGGAUGAAAAGGAACACUCUGGUCGAAGAUUACUGCGGCAGAAAGCUGCCUAAUUUAAUUGUACAGGCGUUGGUUUCGGAGCUGUUGAGCUUGACAGGACACGAUACGGCUUUUAGAAAUGAUGUAAUUGGAUGUGUUUUAAAUCCCAUUCUUUUGUUGUAGGAUACAAGCAUCACUCGCUGAUACUUGUAUAUGACGUGUUAUCAUUUGCUCGAAUUUUUGAAGAAUUAAGCCACUUUCCUAGAAAUAUCUUCGAACAAAAUCUUGCUUCCAUUACUUUGUUGUGUGUGAUGCAGUAACCACACCAAUAGAACCAGAACCACAUACUAAAACUUUCAUAUUUUCAUACUCCAACGCAUCGUAGAUUAUGUUGCUUCAAGAGGAUAAAACAAAAAUCACGAACUUGAUAUGGGGGUAAAAAAGAGCAAACUAAACUUCUGCCGCCAUCCGUCCUGCCUCCUGCUGCUAGCGGCAAAGGAUGAUUGAUGGUAAAACGAUAGCUGGAGCUCGCGCUGCGGUCGCUGUAAAUAAUCCGGAAUUUCGAAGCAAGUUUUUUCCCUCUUUCUCACUCGUAUACACAAUCAAGAUUCAGAAAAGUGAAAGGAUUGGACCAACAAAAAAAAAACCUAAACUGUACGUUCGUCAAGAUAUAAGUAUACCCCCUCUGCCCUUCUUCCACGAUGAAAAACGAACAAAAAAGUACGAAUAAAUCAGAUCCAAAUUUUAAUAACAAAUAUAAAGCCACCCCAAACCUCUAAAACUUUAUGAUUGAUCGACAGAUUAAUCGCAUUCGACGACCGCCAGUUUGUUCCGAUCGGACGAGGCCCGCCAGCAUCUGUUUGACGAAAGCAUCGCAAACGUCAGAUUCAAUGUUUAACCCGACUUUGAACCGAAAAUAACGACAAUAUAUCACUUUUCUAUACAAGCGUGGAUGUGGUUUAGCCACUGUUCGUAGAACAGCAAGCAGUUUUCUUCUUUUCGUUUUCGUAACGACUUAGCAUUUUUUUAGUUUUUCACCCGAAAGGAUUUAGGAAAACGGUCUAUGGAUUGACCGUGGGAAAGGGAACAGCUGUGACACGUUUUUAGUGAAACGAUUGAAAAGGCCAAACAUCAAAAGUUCAAACUGGUAGUUUAGUUCAAUUUUAUAGACUUUUUUCAGUGCUUAGUGGAGAAAUGUAAUGUAUUUAGUUCAGAAUUGUAGCUUUCAGGUGAAAAGAAAAAAUAAUCUCCUCUGAUGAUAUUGCCUUACGCUAAUUAUGCAAAAGUUGAAAAUUUCGACUUGAAACAAAAAACAAUUAAACUAAAUCAACGUGUGACAAAAAAAUGUAACUCGUAUAAUUAUCAUUAGAACUUACCCUACUUACAGUCUAUCAUGACGAACACAUCCAGUUGUUCUUGAUAACACACAUCCGCUUUUCUCAGCUCAAAUGACUAAACACCCGUGUUUUUCGUCAGUAGUAAGUGCUAUGCAACAAAUAAAUCUUGUCAAAUUUCAAAAGAAUCAAAUCAUUGUUGACAGAAUAACUGAUAAUAGAUAGCGUACGAAAAGAAAUUGAACAAAUAAUGCGCUGGCGCAUUUCCUGUCACAAUACUGGUCAUAGUAGGCUCUUAGCCAAAGCUGCUUUCCGUCUAGCAUUCGGAGCCUUUUCGCCAUAUUCUCAGUGUCAUAAUCAACCCUACUUGGAGCUUUCUAUUGGUAGUCGAAACCCUAAGCUACAGUGCCAAUAAAUGGCAAGUAAUUUGUCCGUUACUGGGAUAUUAUUUCCAUUCUAACAUCAGACAAGUUGGCCCGACAUUUGCGUCAAUCAUUUUACAUUUUGACAGGUCAAAAUGACCAAACUGGAAUAGUCGAACACAUAUUGAACGGCGGAAAGCAGCUAACUAGUUUGAAUUCAAUUUCAUCAUUAAGUAAAACAGUAAUAAUGUGAUUUGUAGAAGUAAAUCGGAUGCUGAAGAGAUCCUAAAACAAUAUUUGUAACUGUGUCAAAAUCAAUGCAAAAAGUUUUGUAUUGUUAUUUGUUUCAGCAAUUUGUUUUUAUCUCAUUCUUCGAGAAUUAUUUUAUAGAAAUAUGUACUCCCAUAACUUAUUACAUAACAAAAUUACGAACCUUGAAAUGACAAGAAAAUAAAAAACAGUAAACAUCAUUACAACAUGAAAUAACCACACAAACAACUCCAAACAGGUUAACCGAUAUGGAAUCCAAACAUAAUUACGGCUCAGUUUAGCAUAUCAAUAGCAUAAUAAACGCGGCAUAGCACGUGCCAGAUAAUAAUUGCAUUAGCGAACUGUAUCGUAUAAUUUUUCAUCCCAAAUCGUUUCAAUUGAACCCCAGCUUUUACACGUGUAUAUUGAAAAAUGAAUUCUAUUCUUAGUGAAUGAUUAGAUCCCAACUAAGAAGAAGGGACGAACAGGAACCCCGUUUAUCGUAAAUUCUAAGUGUAAACUCAAUGUAUACCUAUUCGAUAACAUUCCAGAUCGAUCGUCGUUGAAAUUUAAAAAAACUCUACCAUGAUGAAAAUAAACUACUGCUUUACACGUCAGCAAAAAAAAUAGAUAUAUAAGGAAAAACAGAAGCUAAAGUUGAAAAAACGAGAACUUUAAAAAAAAGUAUAUUUUGAUUUAAGAAUUACACACAAGCUUAAAGAUAAGGAAAAAAAUGUUAAAUAAAAACAACCUACGAAUCAUUUUACAUAGGAACGUAUAACGAAACUGAUUUCUAAGUGAAUUUAAGAAAGAAAAAAGCAAUUAGAACAGUUUCCUUCAUCUGUACAUACUCCUCUAGUAGAAUAAAUGAAAAAAUACUAUACUCACCAUUAUUAGCAAAGAGGUACUUUUUUUAACAAUAUUGGAACAGAACUAAACACAGCUGUGACGUGUUGCUGCUGGAAAACACCGGAAGUGAAGUGAAAAUAUUCAAAUUACCUAGAAGGUAUUGUUCUUCAUGUUAAAUGAAAACCCAUCUGCUGCAACAAAGUUUAUACGAACCACUGUAUAAAGAGCAGGUACACACACACACACACCAAGCUGCAAACAUGAAAAACCAGUAGUUGAUAUUCUAACAAUCUCCAAAAUUAGACAGAAUGAUAUCCAAACGAGGUGAGCAUAAAAAGGCCGUAUCUAGACAAAGAAAAAAGAGAACAAAACAAAAAAUAUAGAGCAACCGAGAAGCCAAUAUAUAUAUUGAAGAAGAAGAAAAAAUCAUGCUAAACAAAUAAUCAUAACAAACUAAUAUGAAAAGGUUCACAACGUGCCGCAACAGAGUAUGGGAAUAAUGCUUAAUAAUGACUCGAACCGUAAACGUAACUGUAAAAUGGAGAUGAAUAAAAACAGAGAGAGGCAGAGCUACUGAGGAAGUGGACGUACGCAAAAAGUAUAUGGAAAUAAAUAUGGAAAAUCGUUUGAAAACAAACAA